AUGGUCCAACCCGACUACUGGCGCCUACCAGCGCCUGCUCCUGCUUCCAGAGGGCUUGAUCCUGGCCCGAUCGCCGGCGCAGUCACUCGCCUUGCUCCUCCCGCAGAGGAAGACAUCGGCGGCGUCUCAGCAGUCUUGGAUUACGACAUGCAAGAAAUGUCCAUCUUCCUUGCCUCCCAAGUUCAGGCCAUCCUCAGCGUCGGCUCCAUGCAGCGCGACUUUGGCAGUCCACCUGCACUCAUCAAGUUCGCUCUUCAGCUGCUGCAUGCCACACGGCUGCCUCUCUCCACCAUCCUCGCCGGCCUUGUGUACCUGGAAAACAGGCCCGGUUACCUGCAGAUGCUCACCAACUCGAGCUACUACGCCAUGACCACUAUGCUCGUCAUCAGCAACAAGUUCAUGGACGAUCACACAUUCACAAACAGAUCCUGGUCAGAGGUGACGGGCUUUGACCUUUCCCUCAUCAACCAGCUCGAGCGCGACUGGCUUGUGGGAACACGGUUCUCCCUCACCAUUGAAUCCAACGGCGGCUACGGUCGCUAUCAGCGUGCUGUAUCCCUCUGGCAGGCCUUUAUUCGCCGCCACGUCUACACUGCCUGCGCAUGCCAAGAGUGUAUCGCUGCUUGGUUCCCGAUUGCUGUGCCAUGCCAACCGCAACCUCUACCUCAGCUGCCGCCAGUCAUGCCAGCCAUGGCCUUUGCACUACGUGCCUAG